UGUAAUGACUGUGAAGCUCUGACCACAACUUUGAAAUUGAUAGAGGAUGCUGCAGAUAGCAUAACAUAUACAAACCAAGAACAACAAGAUGACACAAAAUACAUUAUUGUACAGGGUAUUAAAACAAUUAUAGAGUGGAAGAAACACAUUGUGAGAUCUGUCAACCAAGACAGGGCAAGGGGGAAAGUUUUAGACACAUUGCAACCAAAUGAAGCUUUAAUUGAAAGAGACUGGGCAAUGAAAUUUCUUCCAUUACAGUAUAGAGAAUCUCAGUCUAAUUGGUUUGCCAAACGUGGUCUUUCCUGGCAUGUCAGUGUCAUAACAUUCCAAGAAAAAGAAGGAAAAAACAGUUUGACAGUUCUGCACAUCUUUGAUACUGCUACGCAAGAUGCUGUCACUUCCAAUGCUAUAUUGAAAGACCUACUACACCAUGUCAAUUCCACUAACAACAAUGUUGACACUCUGUAUUUAAGAUCGGACAAUGCUGGAUGUUACCAUUCAUCAUAUGGCAUAUUGUCAGUCACUGCUCUGAAUGACAAUCCGUACAAUAUAAAAGUAAAUAGGAUGGACUUUUCUGAUCCACAAGGUGGAAAGUCAAUUUGUGACAGAAAGGCUGCCCAUGUCAAAGCAUGCAUAAGAAGAUAUGUAAAUGAAGGCAAUAAUGUAAUAACAGCUAUAGAAUUCAAGUCAGCUGUAGAAAAAACAAUGAAAAAUGUUAAAGUAGUUGUUGCAUAUCCACCUAGUCCCAUCAAAAGUUCAAAAACAUCCAAGAUUGAAAAUAUAAGUUUUCUGUACAAUUUUUUCUUUUCAAACAAUGAAAUUACAGCUUGGAAGCAAUUCGAAAUUGGCAUUGGCAAAGUUUUCUCUUCCAAAUCUUUAAAUGAAAUUCCAUCUCUUGUUAAAAAAUGUGAAAGUACUGUGAUAUGGAGAAUCAUUGCUCAAUCAUCCUUGAAUACAAGCAUUCCAGUACCUGUAACUAGAAAUGAAGAGCUCGAAGAAGAAGACAACAUUUGUAGUAAUGUAUUUACAUGUCCUGAAGACAGUUGCAUUGCAACAUUUUUGAAAUAUGGACAAUUAUGUAACCACCUCGACAGAGGUAAACAUACCUUCCCUAAGAAUAAUUUGAAUAUAAAGGAGCGUACACAAAUCACACAUGCUUCUUUAAUGGAAAGCAAAAGUUCUGCUGAAAAAGUACUUCAUUCUGGUACAACACAUGCAUUACAAGCAGAAUCUACAUUAAAGAAAGGAUGGGCAUUAAAGAAUAAGCGAGAAGUAAAGAGAUUUUCAAAAGAGCAAAUAGAAUACAUGACAGAGAAAUUUCAGUUUGGUGAAUCUACUGGAUAUAAGUGUGACCCAGAUGAUGUGGCAAAAGAGAUGAGACAUGUAAAGAACAGUAAGGGCAUCCGGAAAUUUCAACUUGAACACUUUCUUUCUCCUUCUCAAAUUGCUAGUUUUUUUAGCAGACUUUCACUAAAAAAAAGACAAGCAUCAAAUACUGUUUAUGACGAUUGUGAUAUGAUAGCAGAAGAAUCAAGAACUGAGAUGUCUCAGCUAACUGUAUUAGCAAAUACUGUACAGUAAACAUUUAACAUUUUUGGUCUUUUUCCAAUACCUCUGAUCUGAUUGAUACAUGUAGUUUAAAUUAAAAAAAUUCUUCUCUAUAAAUGCUUAAAAAAUAAUACUUUAGUUUGUUUGAUGUAAGUUUAACAUCAAGUAGCAAAUAUCUGAUUUGAAACUUUCAUCUUUUUUGUGAAAAGCUCUACAUCUGACAUCAAAAUAUCCAGUACCACAGCCUUUUCCUAUACAUGUAUUUUGAAUAUUAAAAAAAUCAUACCCUUAUAUAUAUAUAUUUAACCAACAAAAUACCUAUAUAGCAUUAUUUCACUUCUUCAUGGAAAGAUAUCUAACAAAUAUCUGAUGUAAUUAUCACUGAGGUUAAAAUUGCAAUUUUAGAAAAUAUUCAGUUGAAUAAUUAGUAGAUGAUGAAUUGACCAAAAACCUGAUCAACUAUCUGUAAAAAAAUUACAUGGCCUUAAAUAUAUUUAAUACAAAGCUAAUUCACUCCCACUAUUAUUAUGAAUACAAAAAAGGAAUAAUACAGCCUUCAACAAUAGACAUGAGUUUACUAAAUAUAUGAAGAAUUAAACCAUUUACAUAAAUUGUGAAUGAACUAAGCAGAAACAACAUUAAGUCCCAAUUGAUGUAAAACUGAUGCUAUUAUAUAGUAUCAUCUGAUGAUGCAAUUUUAAGGUAUUUAUGUAAUUUGAUGUGUGAUCAAGCUGGUUUUGGUAAAACAAAUACAUUUUUGUGCAAUGAACACAUGCCAUGGCUUAUUUUGUCUUGAUUUUUAAAAGAAAGUGGUACAAUCUCGUGUUUGUAAAUUUUAGCAUGGUUUUGUGAAUAUCAAAAAAGUUAAUUGAGAUAAUGUGUACCUUCUGUGCUGACAAUGAUUGAUAAAGUAUGGACUUUCACAGCUAACCGUGUUGAAGAAAGAUGUGCAGGUUGUUAUUGAUUGUGUUUACUGUUAAUGGAAUACAGGAUUAAAUGUAAACACCUUGUUUAAUAAUAUUAUAAAAAAAAAGGGUGCAAUU